GAAACAUAUAAGCUGUUAGUGGGGGAAGGGCUGGUGGGAAACCUUCACUAUCUUCUUUACCUGCCUCGUUUUCGCGUUGCGAUUGUCCUACACAUACCGCGCGCUCCCUCGAAACUCCUUCCCUCUUUGCUAUUCCUUCCGUUGGAUAAUCAUUUGAACCAAAUGAGACUUCUGUAAGUUGAAGUUUGAUGCAAGUGGUGGGAUAGAAUUGAAGGCUACGACCGCUCUCAAGCGGGCUUCAAAUCUCUCAUCGCACAUGAUUGGUGAACUCGCCUUAGUCUUUUUUAAACCCACGUCCAAGAUGGCCGCAAAUGGUACGUCUUGCUACAAACAAACAAUUUUACACAUUGCUUAAGAUAUUGUGUUAAAGGAUGGCUGGGCUGUCAAGGAGAGCGGCCAAGCCAUGUUAGGGCAAACAAACUGGCGAAGACGAUGGUUCCGUCUAACACGGAAUGCUGAAGGACAGGUUACAUGGGCUUACUACAGAAAUAAAGAAGAUAUUUCUAGCAAUCAGUGUGCAGGUCAUGUAGAGCUGGACUCAACAUAUAUUGCUCGCAAUCUAGAAGUUGGUGAGAAGAAAAAAAAGCCGCAUUGUUUUGCACUUGGACCUCUAUUUGAUAAUCUUAUGGCAAAACGAACAUACUACAUCAGUUGUGAGAGUGAGGCUGAUAAGCUAUCUUGGAUGGAAGUGAUUGGCGCUGCUAUAGAGUCGGACUUUGGCUCCUCAACUGACACAUUCAAUGCAAAUAGGAGUAUCAAGAGCCGCAUUGAUCGUCAGACAAAGAAACAGAUGAGCCGGAACAGACCUGUUGUUUGUCCCUCGUCUGCCGUAUAUGCCACAGAUUACUUGGACUCAGACUGGAGAUUUAAGCAAUGGGAUACCUUGUGUUCAGUAAUCAGGGAUGCCAAGUGGAAGAAGACAGACGUGAAAAAUGGUGUGACUGUAGCAAGACUCAGCUUUAAACAUGAACCAUAUGCAGUCAUCAAGGUGGAAGGUUCCAUCCUGGUCCCCCCUGAAAUCGUGUUUGAUUAUCUACUUACUGCACUACGACCGGGAGGGCGUCUGGACCAUCCAUUCCGUCACGAGAAAGUUUUGCAGAUCCUGGAAGAUGUUCCGCGAUCAUCAGUGGUAUAUAACUCUUAUAACAUACCACUUCCCAGUAUGUCAAACCGAGACUGCUGCCUUAUAAGGACAUGGAUGCCUUCCUACAUUACUCAAAACAGCACCUCCGGGCUUGUUUUGACAUCGAUAAAUCAUCCCCUUGAAGAAUCGCCGAAGUCAUCGACACUGAGAGCGCUUUUACAACCGUCUGGCUUUGUAUUAACCCCCCGAAUGAGCGAGGACGGUUCAUUAUACACAUGCGCAUGCGUACUGGCUCAGAUCGAUCUACAGGACACCCUACAGACAAUGCUGGAGGGAACCUUUAAAUCAGCUCUCCUCAAGAUUGGUAUACGAACAGCAUUUCAGCACAUCAAAAUACAAAUCGAAAAGUACUACACAAUUAUUCAAAGCUAACGACGUCAUGCCGCAAGCCCAAGGAAGGAAGGAGGAGGGGGGGGGGGGGUAACAUGGUGUGACAACAAAUGAUAGGAAUUUGUUUAUACCUUUGAUAUCGACUGGAGUAUUUUGAGCAGCAACUAAAAAGAUAUUUUGUUCUCAGAAACUCCAUGUGAAUUCAAACAAAUCAAAAACAAUGCUUUAUAUGAAAAUAACGCCGUUUACUGGUUAAAGCACAUGCCGUGUACAACAAAUAAAUGCAUAUCAAGAAAGUUUUGCCAAAAAAAAUUGUCGUUUUGCCAACUCGGUCACUUUCAUAUAAGAAAACAAAUAUAUUCCUUAUUUGAAAAAAAAAAUGUAUUAUGUUUUUUCAUUUUUAUGGUUGUCGUACCACAGAUGUUUCGCAAACUUUGUGAAUUGUAAUUAGAAGAGAAAUACAGUGACUGCGACCAUCUUUAGUCAAUGGAUAAAUUCUCUAAAAAAAAACUAAAAUUCCUCGGUACCAGACCCCCAAAACGACGUUUUCUUCAUAUGAAACUUAUAUUUUAUAUAAAAAGAGUAUACAACAUAUAUAACUUUGAAAGAUUACACAGACCUUUAAAC